GCUAGAGGGACGAGAAGACUGUCGGGAAUUUUGAGCGUGAAAAAGCACAAACUCGUACAUCUAUUUUUCGGUUUCAGAUAAUAAUCAACUCCUGAUGAGCACAGCAUCAUAACCACGGAGCAAUUUGGUUUCAGAUAUCUUUAAUUUGGAAUUGCAAUAGGAGGUCCUUUUCUCUUUGUCCCUCCCUAUCAAGUUUCAAGCAUGGCGGCGGUGCUGGUGAAUAAGCUAAUGCUGCGCUGGCUGAGGUGGAACCUGAAAAAGCAAUGGUCUUGUGCGCGAACAUGCAUAAGGAAUGCUACGACAGGCAGUUGCAGAAUAGAGAAAGUCCUCAUUGCAAAUCGAGGCGAGAUUGCCUGCAGGGUCAUGAGGACAGCGAAGAAGAUGGGUGUUCGUUCUGUGGCAGUUUACAGUGAAGCGGACAAAAAUUCCAUGCAUGUCUCAAUGGCUGAUGAAGCAUACCAUAUAGGUCCUGCAGCAUCACAGCAGAGCUAUCUAAAUAUGGAAAAGAUCAUCCAAGUCGCCAAGCUAACAGAAGCACAGGCCAUUCACCCAGGCUAUGGAUUCCUUUCAGAAAACACAGAGUUUGCAGAAUGGUGUAAAAAAGAGGGCAUCAUUUUCAUUGGCCCUCCUUCCACAGCUAUUAGAGACAUGGGAAUCAAGAGUACAUCAAAGGCCAUAAUGUCAGCUGCUGGAGUGCCAAUAGUUGAAGGGUAUCAUGGUGAUAAUCAGUCUGAUCAACAGUUAAUGGAAGAGGCCAGUCGGAUUGGCUACCCCGUGAUGAUAAAAGCAGUCCGGGGAGGAGGUGGCAAGGGUAUGCGCAUUGCUCAGACAAAGGCCGAGUUCCUUGAGCAACUGGAAUCUGCACGAAGAGAAGCACAAAAAUCCUUCAAUGAUGAUAUUAUGUUGCUAGAAAAAUUUGUAGAAAAUCCAAGACAUGUAGAAGUACAGGUGUUUGGGGACCAGUAUGGCAGUGCUGUUUAUUUGUUUGAAAGAGACUGCAGUGUACAAAGGAGGCAUCAAAAAAUCAUUGAAGAAGCACCUGGGCCUGGAAUUAGCCCUGAAGUGAGGAGAAGACUUGGUGAAGCUGCAGUCCAGGCAGCUAAAGCUGUUAAUUAUGUUGGUGCUGGGACUGUGGAAUUCAUCAUGGAUUCUCAGCAUAAUUUCUAUUUCAUGGAGAUGAACACAAGACUACAGGUGGAGCAUCCGGUCACUGAGAUGAUAACAGGAACUGACCUUGUUGAAUGGCAGCUCCGGGUUGCUGCUGGCGAGAAGCUUCCUAUGUCACAGGAAGAACUCUCUGUCAAAGGUCAUUCAUUUGAAGCAAGAAUUUAUGCUGAAGAUCCAAACAACAACUUUAUGCCCGGAGCAGGUCCUUUGCUGCAUCUGUCCACGCCUGUACCAGAUGCUUUUACAAGAAUUGAGACUGGAGUCCGACAAGGUGAUGAGGUUUCUGUGUAUUAUGACCCAAUGAUUGCUAAACUGGUGGUUUGGGGACAUGACCGCACAGCAGCACUAAAUAAAUUAAAAUAUUGUUUGCGUCAGUACAACAUUGUGGGCUUGAACACAAACAUAAAUUUCUUGUUCAACCUGGCUGCUCAUCCAGAAUUUGAGGCUGGAAAUGUACACACAAAUUUUAUCCCUCAACAUUAUGAUGGACUGUUCCCAGCGAAGGAAGCUACAAGUAAAACUGCUCUGUGUCAGGCAGCACUUGCUCUAAUACUACAAGAAAGGAUUCAAACAAACACUUUCAGAGCACUUUCACAUGAUCCAUUUUCACCAUUUGCACACAGCAGUGGAAGAAGAUUAAAUAUUGUGCACAGACGAAAUCUUACAUUGCUUGAAGAACAGAAUAGGAUGAAUAUUGAAGUUGCAUAUAACAAUGAUGGGACUUAUAGUAUUCAGAUUGAUGGACAGGAUUUCCAUGUAUUUGGGAAACUUAACACAGAGGGAGAUGCCACAUAUUUGGAGUCUUCAGUAAAUGGGAUUCUUUCAAGAUCUAAAGUGGUGAUCACAGACAACAGCGUUCACUUGUUUUCAAUGGAAGGGACUGCACAGUUCAGUAGACCUGUGCCAAAAUACUUAGUUGGAAUUGAUGCCUCUGGGGCUGAGGGAGCAGCAGUGGCACCAAUGACUGGAACUAUUGAAAAGGUGUUUGUUAAAGAGGGUGACCACGUGCAAGCUGGAGAUCCGUUAAUGGUAAUGAUAGCCAUGAAAAUGGAGCAUACAAUAAAAGCACCAAAGGCCGGGGUAAUUGAGAAAAUCCUGUACAAAGAAGGCUCUCAAGCUAACCGACAUGCCCCACUGGUAAAAUUUAUGGAAGAAGUUGCCUCACAAUGAAUUCAACUCGGUUUCUUUUGGUUAAUAUGCUGCAAAAACUGUGUUUUACAAAUACCUUCUGUUUCCUAUGCCUGGAGAAUGUUUGUAGUUUGUUUUAUUCCAUGUGUUAUUUGGAACAUGUGCAAUAAGCAAAAUUUAUAAGCUAUAGUCAAAACAAUCUACAAUAAUACCCAGAGUGCAACAGUAGGUAGCAUUUGUUAGUUGCAUGGUAAUUAGACAAUGAAUUUUGAUAAUAAAAAUACUUGAUCAACUGAAUCUUGAAUACCUGGGAAAAUAGUGUUAUAUUUUGAUCUGAUGACUACCUUUAACUUCUGACAGUAAACGUAUUUAUAUUAGCCAUUAUAUAUAAUGUUAAUUGGCUUGUCACACUACAGGAUUUCUAAUUGUUAGUAAUUUUUUGUAUAGAUGUAAAUGUCACCAUGCUAAAUUUAAUCUUAAAUCUUUAACUUUGGAAAUAUGUACAAAAACUUCUUUUCUCAAUGUUACUACUUGUACUCCACUUUAUCUUGAGGUAAUUGGAUGAUUUUUAUCUUUACUGCAUAUGUUUAAUACACUAUGAUCGGAGCAUCUGACCAUUAUAAAAACCCUUUGAUUUUUAUUCCAUUGGUUCAGCACAAAGUGCUAAAGACAGAAAAAAAUGCCCCAGAGAGUCAAGUUAUCAUUAAAGAGUUUGCAUGCUCUUAGAAAUUAAUUGGACCACUUACAAUAGUGAUAUUUUAUGCCAUUAGCACAUCCUAUAUUGAUAAUUGGAUGUUAAAUGGAAUGCUGCUCAUUUCCUCUAGGCUACUCAGAUCCAUAAUGUAGAGAGAAUCCGAUGGAGCAUUCAUCAAGGAAUGCAGGGAAGUUCUUUGGCUGCUUGGAUGGGUCAGAGGUCAAGUUAGUGAUUUCCAAUGCAGUCAACAAUUAAAGAGGUGAAAGCAACAGCUUAAAAAAUAAGCCUAACUAGUCAUAGAAAAAUAUUAAUUUAUAGCAUGUGCUUUAUUCAAUAACAGGAAUAGGUGUAGAUUUAUUUUUUAAUAUUUUUAUUUUGAGAUAUGGCAUGACCCUUCUGGCUAAAUGAGCCCCUGCCACCCACGUGACCAAUUAACCUCCUCACUUCAGAGCAACACAUACAAAAUGCUGGAGGAGCUCAGCAGAGCAGGUGGCAUCUUCGGAAAAGGGUGAUGGCCUGAAACGUCGACUCUUUUCCGCCUGGCCUGCUGAGAUCCUCCAGCAUUUUGUAUGUGUUGCUCUGGAUUUCCAGCAUCUACAGAUUUUCUCGUGUUUGUGAACCUACUAACUUGUGCAUCUUUGGAAUUUGGGAGGAAAGCAGAGAACCUGGACUAAACUCACAUGGUCACAAAUUCCUUAUAGGCAGGGGUGGAAUUGAACCUGGUUUGCCAAUGUUGUAAUAGCGUUACAUUGUCCACUAUACAACCGUGCCACCCUAGUGUGCUCCUGACUUGCCCCUCUCGAAGUCCACAAUCAAAUCCACAGUCCUGCAAACAUUAAUGAAUCAGGUUUUGCUAUUCUGCAUGUUUACAAAUUAUAUUGAAAAUAAACUCAUUUU